GAAGAUUCUCCACUGGGAUUAACCGGCAAUCCGCAUCAACAUCGUUCUUGGAUUCGAACAUCUUCGAUUCUCAUAACCCGGAUAAAAUGUCGAAUUUAUCAAAGUUUGAAUUCACUGCACUUGAAAUCUCGGGCAACAACUACCCCUCGUGGGCUUUUGAUGCUAAAACCCAUCUGGAAGCAAUGAGUCUGGGGGAGACAAUCAUUGAUGGGAAUAAAACGUCCCUUCAAGAAAAAACUAAAGCUAUGGCAUUCCUUCGCCUUCAUCUUCAUGAAGACCUAAAGAGGGAAAACCGUACUGUCGAGGACCCUCUUGAGUUAUGGAAAAACAUUCAAGAAAGAUUUGACCACCUGAAGUUGGUCUUACUCUCUAAAACUCGCUACAGGUGGGUUCAUUUAAGGCUACGAGAUCAUAAGACUGUUAGUGAGUACAACUCUGCCUUUCUUCGCAUCACCUCUGAGCUUAAAUUAUGUGGUGAACAAAUCACCGAAAAAGACAUGAUUGAGCAAACUAUCUCAACGUUCCAUUUAUCCAACAUGCUCCUGGCGCAGCAGUACAGGGAACAUAAUUUUACAAAAUAUUCUGAGCUAAUAUCAUGUUUGUUGGUCGUGGAACAAAACAACAAGCUCAUACUACAAAAUCAUUAA